AUGUCGCGGCUCAAAAUGCCGCAGAAGAAAGAAGCUAUGGACAAACUUGUCCAGGAUAUUUCAGACUUUGCGACAAGGUUGCAUGACCUGCUGAACAAUCGACAGCUUUUGUCCGCAGAAAUAUCGCGGGAACUGGAGAAGUACACCAAACAGCUACCGCUCAGUAGCAAUGUGCCGGAUAAACAAGUGCGGACGCUGGAUGCAUUGGGCACUGAACUAUGGAAUGUCUCCGCAGGCCUCGUUCAUAACGAUAUCCAACGUGACCCACGACCGAAAGCGACUGACCCUGUGCACCAAGCCGCACUGAUCCGCGCAUUUGCCUUCCUACUUCUCGAUACCGCUGACCCCACACAGUCCUCGAAGAAGAAGAGCGAGGACGUGCAAACAAGGAUCAUUACCGUUGCACUCAGAGCAACCCGGCUCUGCCUGGACAAGAACGAGCUCGAUUUGGCGAUGAGAGUCCUUGAGAGAUGCAGCCAGCGUAUACCUGAUGAGCGAGACGAAGACACACUGCUCCAGAUGGCCAUGGACCCAAGCGAAGACCGGCAGACCUUCGAAACGUCAAUCAAGGACCUAAGAAGCGAAUUCUACCUGCUACGCCUUUUGCACUCGUGGAAAUCGGCUCGCCUAGACCUUGCUGAGCAUUACCUUGCGAAGGUCAAGCUCUCUAGGACAUCGCCAACGAGCAACCUUGCAGUGAAAGCUGCCGAUCUCUUCUACGAAAUCGCAAGAUCCUUGUCAAAACUCAGCAAGCCGGACGAUGCUGUGAAGUGGUUUGAGCGCGCCUGGGGUGUGUCAGAUCAAGUCAGCCCAGAUCACCUCAGUCAAGAAGGAGCAGAGCUGCUUAUGAGCAUUGGCGUAUCAUUUGCCGACGUUCUGCUGUCUUCUCAACAACCGUCUCAUCAAAAGCGCGCGUGCGAGAUCGCAAGCAAGUUGGAGCAAACACAUGGACUCAGUAAUCGAUUGACGAUACCAAUAUUGAAGUUCCAGAUACUUGCGAAUGAGCGCCGCGUAGAUCCCGACAACAUGACCACUAUACUCUUACAUAUCGUGAAGCUGGCAGUGCUUACCGAAGAGAACUUCAACAUGAUUAUGAAGACGAUGCGCAAGGCAUGUGAAAAGUCUUGCACUACCGCCUUACACGCUCUCAGGAUGUUCAUCAGCACUCGGUUGUUACCGGAUGUUGAACACAACCAGCACAGCAAAAGUGCGUCUCAGGGAUGGCUGGAGAAGGCUUCUGUCGCAUACAUUCUCUUCCACACUCGAUUGCCGAACUUUGCGCUAGCAACCUCGCUAGAUGAUCUCCAGGAUCUCUUCGAUACUUUCAGUAGCGCCGUUCCGUCGCCAUUCACGGCCAAGGCAACACAUGCUGCUCAAACGCUGAUGUGGAAGGCAAUUGGACAAUCCACCCUCAGCCAUACGUUCAGAUGGUGUCAGUUGUUGAGGCACCCCCUUUUCGAGAAUGCUGGAUACGUCAACAAGGCACGUAUUGGCAGAAAACUCAUGUGCAUUGCGAUCGACGAAGGUAGUGUUGCAGCCGCGAGAGAGGCCUUUUACCAAAUGCCCGAGACUGCAAGAAAUGACGGGCCCUCGCGACUCCUCGCUUUCAGGACUGCAUUGAUUUCGAGAGACGACGACUUUGCCAUGGAAAGUCUUCAGGUCAUCGCAAAGACCGUUGCAAAGGAUCCAACAUUUCUCUACGCAUGUGUGCUAGAAUCGCAGCAACAUGGCAUGGACCACAUGACUCUUGCCACUCUACAGGCGAUCUUGGGUCAGAAGCCUGCAGGCAUUCAGAUGCCAGCUCUUUUGCGCUGCGCUGCACGUCUUGCUGUAUCCAGAGUCAACGAUGAGCGCUACAGUAGUGACGAUACAGCUCUCGAAGCUGUCAAGACAUUCGAGACGGCUUCACAUCACAUACACGACCUACGACAACUUGCAAAGACCCAAUGGACUGCUGAAGUCCAGUGGUGGAGCAAGAACAGCUACAACUUCGCUCUACGCCAUUGCAAGAAGAUGCCUCCAGAUUACACUAUCCGAAUACUAGACGUAUGUGCGGUCUUCACGGAAUGUUACUCAACCGAUGUCGAGCAAAGACAGCAAAGCGACCUGAGACAACGCAGGUCUCUCUGCUCGUUCCUCUCGACAACAGCACUCAUCGUUAUGGGACGCUCAGGAGAAGUGGGUUCGGAGCACACGAAUCAGUGCUUCCUGCACGCUCAAGACCAAAUUACCAAAUUCAAGUCACUGCAAGCAGAAGUUGGCGACAAAGAUGUGGGUCAAGAGUCAACGGCCAGAACGUUUGCAAUGCUCAAGUUCGAAGUCGAGUGCAUACUGCACCUACAGCAGUGGGACCGGCUGAAUGACACUCUUCGAGAGUGCCUCGAAGUCCGUUCGGUCGAGCGAUGGGACGCUUUGGCCGACUUGAUCAUAAUAAUGCACGAGCAUCUGGAUGCCUCUACUCGAGACUCUCAUUUUGAGAUGAUCAACCAGGUCCUCCAGCGAGUCAUCAACGACACGUGGAAGAAGCAGAAGGAGAUCGUGAAGGUGGCCCGCUGGGUCAGAUUCACAUUCACGCUAUGCUUGAAUCACGUUCAGGGGAACUUUUCACUACGGCUGCUCGAGCAAGCAGCGACCAUGGCAGAGAAUGGGUAUCGUGGCAAGCACGAACACUAUCCGGAAUCAGAGUUGCAAUGGCUUGCCACGACGAGCUUCAACCGUGGCGUGGACGUUUUGGUCGAGGAAGAGAACGAAACAGACGCUUUUCGCUGGAUGAACACUGCGCUAGCACUGGCCAAAUGGUCGCAGGACAGCGGCAGCCUGCACGCGAUCUUGACAAGCAAGGAAGAGGCUGCGGAGCAGCAUGUAAGGGAUCGGGAGAUGCAGACUUGA